CCAAUAACCAAGAAAUUAUGAGAAAUAUUGCGAGACCUCACAGACACAAUGGUUGAAUUAAUAUUUUCUUUUUAUUCUAAAAUUUACGGAAUAUUUUUGAAAAUUUGAGGACAAUUCUACAAUGUGCAACAUAACCACUACAUAAUGGAUGAAAUAUAACUUUUAGUUAGUGAUAAAGAAAUGUGGAUACAGUGCUGUUGUAUUUUAGUGUCAAAAUGUAUAAAAAAUACUUAAUUUUAUUAUUUUCCUCUUUACUGACCACCGCGUCAUCCACACACAUAAAAGGAGAAUUUUCGACAGAGGACUUUUUCAAGUUCUUAGUGAAAUUCGGUUUUCAGAAGACUGAAAUUCAUUUCCAGAAGGAAACAUAUGGUUACAUUUUCGGUAACUUGACAUCGAAAGAUAAUUUUAAAUACCCAGUCACCUUUGCUGUUUUAGACAGACCACAUUUUUUACACUAUUACAAAAGUCGGAAUAUUAUUGACAAAGAGUCAGCUUGUCAGGUGAUGUUCCAGCAGCUCAAUGGUUCUGCAUAUCACCCCAAGUGCAACGCCAAUGGGCAAGACUUGUUUAGAAGAAUCCCUUGUCCAAAAGACAAGCUUUGUGUAGAUGAGGAUACCCCAUGGAAUGUGGUGAAAAACAAUCAAUUCACAUAUGUUAUACAAAAUAAUGGCCAGCCGAGAUUCUGGUAUGUGUCAAUGGUGUCAUGCUAUUUAGAUGAGAUCACAUGUACCUGGCACCACUAUACUGGUGCACCAUCAGUAGACAACAAAACCUUAACAAACACACCACAAACUAUAGAAUAUGACUUCUGGCUUGUCAAUGGAAGCCCCAACCUCACUCUAUAUAACACAAUGUUGUAUCAAUUCUCUUUUGAUAGACAAAACACAUUGGAAUUAUAUUUGGUGUUCUGGCUGUGUUAUAUUAUACUCCUGCCUGUUCAAAUUUAUGCUGUCAGAACCCAAAGACAUCCUGUAACAAAAUUGUUCACCUCAAGUCUAGUGCUAGAGUUUGUUGCCCUCUGUUUCAACGUGCUACACACUGUGAAGUUUGCAGCAGAUGGGGUUGGCUUUGCAGGGCUGGCUGUUGCUGGUGAUAUACUUGACAUUAUGAGUAGAACGCUGUUUAUGCUGCUCUUGCUUUUAUUGGCUAAAGGUUGGGCAGUUACGCGUCUGGAACUGACGUAUAAACCACUAGUAUUUGGAGUGUGGAUGGUCUAUGGAAUUGUGCACAUACUAUUGUAUGUUUGGAAUACUACCGAAGUCGACAUAAUAGAGGAGAUAGACGAGUACCAGACGUGGCCGGGCUGGCUGGUGCUGACGCUGCGCGUGGCCAUCAUGACGUGGUUCGUGCUGGAGCUGCGCAACACCAUGGCAUACGAGCACAACAUGCCCAAGCUCAACUUCCUGCUGCACUUCGGCGCCUCCAGCCUCGUGUGGUUCGUGUACUUGCCCCUCGUCGCGCUCGUCGCGCUGCAGAUCAGCCCGCUCUGGAGAUUCAAGUUCAUAUUAGGUAUAACAUACUCGGCGGAUUGUCUCGCGUUUUGCGUCAUGGCGCAUCUGUUAUGGCCAACGCGAUCCGAACAGUAUUUGUUGCUGACGCCUUCAGAUUAUACAGCGGGUAUAGAGGAGCUGGACGAGUUCAGCGAGUCGCCGCACGUGGUGCACAGCGACACGGCCGCGCUGACGGCCGACGCCGCGGACGACGAGGACGUCAUCUUCACGCGCCCGCACAAGAACGGCGCCGUCUUCUCCUAGCAACGCACCUAGACGUACGCGGGAAUAUUUCACUCACACCAUACUUUGUGGUAACAAGAUCGCGUCUUUGGACAAUAUCUCACUAGGGUAUCACGGGGGCGCCACCGGUAGCUACUGAACGAGAAACACUAGAGCAGAUAUCAGGAUCCUCAGUUUCAAAGUGGACAUCGUACGGCAUACGACCUGGUAGUGCACCUGGUCGAGUGAGACGGUAAAUAGCUCUAUACAUAUUAGGGAUUGUGCCGCCAGCGUGACCGCCACUACUAAAUUGGUUGCGCAACUGAGCGGACACCAGGCGAGUUAGUAGUUACCCUCCAUAGAACUGUAUACAUUUUGAUUGCGCCGCCACUGGUGUCCUAUUGAGAUAGUGCCCUUUAAGCUGACGUGGCCUGUUAUUAGAGAUGGUCCAUUUCACAGGUAGCACGUGCAAAAUCACGGCAAAACCUUUUCAUAUUAUGUAACACUUGCUACCUUACUAAUUAAAGUAGGCUGUGAAAAAUCACUUAGCAAAUCUUGUUUGGAAAAUCCUGCUUAAUUUUUUAAAAGCGCGCAUAGUCUUCGAGCUAAGACGCUAAAGAGUGUGCGAGCGAGAAAACUCGCAUCGCUGCUUGUUAGAAAGCGAAAAUCAUUUACUUAGUUAAAAUUAAUGUAACAAACGACUGUAAAUACGAAAAUUUAAAAAUCAGCUAUGGAACUACAGUGAAGAAAAAAAAAUUUAAAAGGCAUAAAUCCCAUCUCUAUUAUACCAACUUGUUAUGCGAUAGAAAGAUUUUUCGAGUCAUAUUUUUUUUGAAGACUUAAUGCACUAGUGUUGGUCACGCACAAUGACGCGCCGACGCGAAAUGCACGUCGCUUGGUCGAUACCGUUGGUUGGCUGAUUUUGCGGUCCCAAAGAAAAAGGGUUUUUAAGACUUAAUUUUACCAAAAACCUAUUUAUGUUUCUUCUCAAGCUGCGGAACCCUGGCUGGGAAACCUACUUGUUUAAAUGUGGGAUUCGUGGUACCCGUAAUCGCGAUUAUAUCGCUUGGAAAAGACUCAGCUAAACCAAUAGCUACUUUCAUCAUCACAUAAAUGAGAUUCUUAUUUAUUAUAAUAUACCUCUAAUUAGGAAAUAUUGUAUUUCGUGUGCAAUGAAAUGAAGGAUGAGUCCGUGAAAAUACGUUCCGAAGUAGUCAUAGAACAACAUAUUUGUAUGGUAGCUUACGCACUAAAUCCGACUUCCAUCAUUCGAGUUCUGUCCGUCAUCCGUGAGAAUAUCUCGGAUAUGCCUCGGAUUUAAAUUGAACAUAUUAUGACGUUGAUAUGUCAAAGAUGUCCACUUUGAAUAGCUUUGAUUUGAAUCAAAGCUUGGAUUAGUGCUUAAGCAAUAACCACUUUCGGCCCAAGUUUUUCAUAUCCGUAUUUUCAUGAAUUCAGAUCGGAUGAGUGCGUAACUGCUCUUAUUGAGAAUUUUUAUUAUUUUUAGAUACUUUUUGUUAUGGUGUAACAUUGCACCGCCUUUUUGUAUAUUUAUGAAAUGUAUUAAUUUUUCUUAAUUCGGGGUUGGGAUAGCUCGAAUUAAGUAGCUCUAUUUUUUGUAUAUAUUAAUUAAUACUUUUUCUCUCUUUUUCACUCUCUAUCUGAGUUUUACGAACUAGUCUUUAUCAAAAUAACGUUGCUAAUCUAAUUACAAUUAUUACAGGUCUAAGUCUUAUACUAUCUUCUGACUGCAGGGAACAUUAUGAAAGCGAUAGCAUUUUUAGACCUGUCAUUUUAGUUCAGAGAUUGUGUACAACAGAGAGAGUUCACCUAGUUCAAAGUGCCAACAAUGUAAACAUUCGUUGGAAAUCAAAAAUCUAAUAAAUAAUUGUUAUUCAAAAUAUUCCCACAACACGAUUUAUUCGCUAAAAAACGUCUUUACCAGUAAAAACGUCUUUACGUAUACCAGUUUUUACUAUUAGGGUCUUCAAUAAACUGUCAUUUGCUGUCACAUCACUAAAUUCCCUGGAAUUUGUGUCAAUUAAAAAUAUACAUUUUAUAAAGAAUUUAAAUACAUUUUUAUCUUAAAAUUAAUACCAUGUAAAACAAAAGAUGCUUAAAAGCUGCUUUGUGUGAUAAGCUUUACUUAAAUCAACGUGAUAAACCUUCAAUUAUGAUGUUAAAACGAAUCAAAUUCAGAUUGAAACAGAUUUUGUCCACUAAACUUUUAUGUAUGUGUCUAAACGUUUGACCUAUUGUGAAUCGUGGUAAAAAGAAUUUUUAAUGGUAUAAUUUAGUGGAUGUGAUAGAACGCAGUUAUAUAAAAAAUCGAUUUAUGAUUAGCAUGGUGACUAAAGUUGUAAUAUUUGAACAAAAAUAUUAUAAAACUCCAAAUAGCCAAAGCUCAUACAAUUUGUAUGUAUUUUAAAAAGUGAAGACGAAUUUUUAUGCUUAUGUGUGAUACAUACGCGUAGCGCCAUAGAUUACAUAGAUAUUGGCGCGGUAUUUAUGCACCUUUGAUACCUUCGAGCAUACUCCAAAAAAUGGCGACCUGUUACCAGGGCUGUAUUGAACUCAGUAUUGUUUAAAAUAAAAUAUUAUGUAAUUAAGUAAAUAGCACUUGUAAUAUUGGUAAAUUAAUAUUAUCUAUAAUUUUAAAACUUGGCAACACAUUUGUGUUUUUGAAAAAAAAAAACAUUUUUUUUAAUGUAUUUUGAAAGUCAAUCAUAAAUUAUAAUAGUAGUCGAUGCGGAAAAGUCUUAAAAUUUUUUGUUUGAUCUUGAGAUUUUUUGUUUGUUUGAUGAUAAACAGUUUGAAAUUGAUAAAAUUAAAAAGAAACACGUGACUACAAAAUGUGCCUCGAUUGGUCGCCAUGUUUGUGACGUCAUAAUGUAAAAGGAAUUUCUCCAUAGCACAGUGUCAACGACUUUUACAUGUUGAUUGACAAAAAAUAUCCGAAAUUUAAUGCAAAAAAUAUUUCUAAUUAUUUAUAUUACUUAUAGCUAAUUUUAUUUAGUCAUGUGUGAUAAAAUUACAAAAGAAAAUAUUCAAAAACCCGAUUGAAAUGAAAUAAUCUGCCAGAACCUUAAAAUUUUAAUGAAUUUAUUAAAUUUAAGCUCCACUAAAUUUUGGAACAAGAAGGGUUGAGUAUUUAGAGUCCCUCAGCAAAAAAAAAAGAAAGAAAGAUAAAUAAUUAUUGUUUAGAUAGGUAAAAAUGGAAUAAGUUUUAGCUAUGGUUUAGACUUGAUUGACUUGUCUAGUAUGCCGCUAAUAGUAGGUAGUAGUAAUUAGUGAUUUACUUAUCGAACCGUUUUCGGAAAAAUACUUAACGCUCAAAAUUUAAUUUGCUGCGCGCUAACGAACUGCUGUCAGCAAAAUAAUGCUCAAAAUCUAAUUUGCCAAUGUAAUGUAAUGUAUAGAUAUUUUUGCUGGUCAGUCGGUAUCGGCAAAAUAAAGCUCAAACGAAUCAAUGGACCACAUUCGACCUAAUAUUAUUUAUUAGAAUAGCGAUCACCCGUUAUUUUACCGGCGAUGCUUCGUUAGUGCGCUUCACUAAAGUACCGGCAUUAAACCAGAACUUCCUAAACUAUUUAAGGUUCAAAACUUAGCCCACAUUUCUAAACUUUUAAAACGAGUAGUUUUAUCUAACUCUAUCUAGUUUA